AUGGUCCAACCACCACCCAAGCCCAGCAGCGGUGCUGUCAAGUUCAAUCCAUUUAACAUCCGAACCUCGCCAUUCUACUCCCACGUCGCUCAUACUAAUGGACCGUGUACCAUCGUCACGACAGCAGGCCAGAUCGGAGCGAGAGCAGAUGGCAGUGUCCCCGCAGACCCUGUCGAGCAAAUCGAGCAAGCUCUCGAGAAUCUCCGAAAAUGCUUGGAGGCGGCUGGAGCUGGUGUGCAAGAUAUCAUGAAGCUGACGUACUAUAUCGUGAACUACGACUCGAAGAACCCACGACAUCGUCCGAUCUUGAUGAAGUUCUUGGGUGAUCAUCGACCUGGGUCUACGCUUGUUCCUGUGGAGAAGCUGGCGGCGCCUGAGUUUCUUUUCGAGAUUGAGGCCACGGCGGCGAUUCCACAGUAUCCCACAGAGCGAGUCGAUGUGGUGGUUGUCGGAGCUGGGUUGAGUGGAUUGACGGCAGCUGUUGAACUGCAAAAAGCUGGUCUGUCAGUCAAAGUGCUGGAAGCGAGAGACCGAGUCGGCGGCAAGACAUGGUCAAGAUCAGUGCAAAGCAGCGUUUGCGAUGUCGGGGCAGCAUGGAUCAACGACACCAAUCAAUCCAAAAUGUACACCUUGGCCAAGCGUUUCGGACUUGAUUUGAUUAUGCAGAACACCAGCGGCAGUAUCGUCUGUGACGAAGGUAUCGGCUCACACAAGACCCAUCCUUACGGACAGCUGAAUGCCGACACUACAGACCAGGCUGAGAUUGACGAUAUCCUUCGAAUUCGAGAUAUCUUUGAACAGACCUGUCAAAAAAUCGACAUCUCCGACCCGGUUGCACAGGACCAGAAACUGCGUACAAAGCUUGAUAGCAUCACUUUCGAGCAAUGGCUCAAAUCACUCGGAGCUGGACGAGGAGCUUUGAAUGCUCUGAGCGUCGGAACCAGAGCGAUGCUAGGCGUCGAGCCUUCUGAGCUGAGUGCGCUGUAUUUCCUCGAUUAUUGCAAAUCAGGAGGUGGCUACAUGCAGAUGCGGUCAGACAGCAAAGAUGGUGGACAGUAUCUUCGCAUCAAGCAAGGCACCCAAUCUUUCAGCAACGGUCUGGCAGAGGAGCUGAGUCCAGGGUCUCUUGUCCUCAUGUCUCCCGUCCGGAAGAUCGAACAAAUCCCCGGCGGUGCCAAAGUCGUCUCCGCCAGAGGCGUCUUCGAAGCCUCACGAGUCAUCGUAUCCGUUCCAACGCCUUUGUACCAAGAAAUCGUCUUCGACCCUCCACUACCAGAGAAAGAUGCGCUUUCCAAAGCCACCAAGCUCGGAGAUUACGGCAAGAUGAUCGUCUUCUACCGAACACCAUGGUGGCGUAAACACGGUCUGACUGGCAUGUCUCAGUCAUCGCAAGGGCCCUUCGGCGUCACCAGAGAUACCAGCGUUCACGAUGACGGCCACUAUAGCCUAACCUGCUUCAUGGUCGGAGGUCCAGCUAGAGAUUGGGCAUCCCUUUACCCUGAAAAGCGCAAAAAUGCUGUUACGCACAAGAUCCAGCAGCUCUUCGGAAGCUUCGCGGGUGUUGAGGAGCCUAUUCAUGUUGAAGAGCAGAUUUGGCGGAAUGAGCAGUGGAGCCAAGGAUGUCCAUGCCCCGUCAUGGGACCUGGUGAUUUUACCAAGUUCCAGCAUGUUCUGAGGGCGCCUGCUGGCCGCAUACACUUUGUUGGGACGGAGACCGCGUAUGAGUGGAAGGGAUAUAUGGAAGGUGCUGUGAGAUCUGGCGAAAGGGGUGCACAGGAGGUGCUUCUGAGCUUGAACAAGGCGAAAAUGUAG